AUGAGAGAGAAUCAGAAAGAAGCUGAUUGCAUGCGAGAGCGCAUGCGAAAGCUUGCUCUCUGGUGCACUAGAACCUUCACGCCCAUCAUCAAUCACGACGAGCUCGAGCCAAUCAUGGCCACCCUCGGUUUCGUCGCUGUUCCCAAUGAUGACACCGCCUCCACCGCUGUCGCUUGGAAGGAAUAUUACUCUUCGGCGAGCGGCUGGUUCGCUACUCAUUUGGUUGCCGCGGAGCCACUGCCCAGGCCUCGACUUCCCUACCCGAAGAUCGACGGACUCCACAUCUCCACAUACACCGCCUUUCUAGAUGCCCUCAACUUCUAUCUCCAGAUGUCCGACAUCUCUGAUCUCUUCCAUGUUCGGGGAGUGGAACUCCAUAAAACUAAUGACCGAAGCAAGAAGUGGUGUCGUAUGGAAGAAGAUGAUAAUAUCUUUGUUUACAGAGACGGAACGCUGGACCAAGCAGGAGACACUUCCUAUCAAGUCAACAAGAAUGACGUCAACGGUAGCAGCAACAAAGGGCGCAAAACCAUCAUCCGGGAGAAGGGCAAAAUUUCCCCGACUGGCUGCAUAGUCUCAUUGAAAGAUAUCAGCGAGACCAUAAUAGUUGGAUCAAAUGAUGGUCGUCCUACAAAAAUUACUCAAUAA